UAUGGAGCUGCAGCGCCGAGCAGACGCCUCUAAACACUCAACUUCCACACACACAACUGUUCACCGUUUACCUUUCGCCCACAGACCGAAUUCGACAGCGCACGCGAGCGAGAAAGUGUCUCCUCACAGCAGCGGUUCCGCGAGAGAACAAACUCACUCGGCGAGAAACCUCUUCCGUCUCCCGCAGCUCGGGACUCUUUCACACCGAUACACGAUGACUUACCGCGCGCGAUUCCCUCUCCAAACACCGGAGACUUUCUCACUGCUUGUUUGUUUAUUCUGAUAGGGAGGAAGAUGCUUAAAUCCUCUCUUGCAUGCCUGGAAUUUUCUGCCCUGGAACAGAAAGUGGGCGUUUUUCCACACCGAAGCAACUAGAGGAUUCAUGCAACUUGCAGUUUAAAGUGAGGCAACAUGCAGUAAGUUCUAAUGUGCAGUCAUCUAAAGGUUAAUAACAUCAGUUGCUGUUUUGCAUUGAUUUGAUGAUGAACAUGAUGCGCCUGGAUUCAUAAGACCGCACAGAUUCUGAGGUUAUUUAGAGAGAGACACAGGUCGAGAUGGCACAGGAGAAUGUGUUUGAUAACCGCAGUAUAGUGGUGAAAUACAUCCACCAUAAGCUCUGGAAGAAGGGGUACGUGUGGGAAGUGAACGGACACGAUGACGGUGUCUCGAAUGGACUGAUGAUGGAGAGGCAGGAGGACCGCGGCUCCCGUCACGACCCGUGCAGCGCUCUCCACACGGUGCUACGGGACGCGGGGGACGAACUGGAGCGGCUUUAUCAGUCGGACUUCGCGGAGAUGUCCAAACAGCUGCAUAUCACGUCAAUCACGGCGCAGCAGCGCUUCACCGCGGUCAUAGACGAGCUGUUCAGGGACGGCGUGAACUGGGGCAGAAUCAUCGCUUUUUUCGAGUUUGGAGGGACCGUUUGCGUCGAAUGCGUGAAUAAGGAAAUGACGGCGCAUGUGGAUAACAUCGCGGGCUGGAUGACCGAGUAUCUGAACGGGCCGCUGCACGCCUGGAUCCAGGAGAACGGCGGCUGGGAGGCGUUUGUGGAGCUCUAUGGCAGGCAGAGGGACUCUGUGUUUCGCAGCUCUUGGUCAUCGAUAGUGACGGUCUUCGGUCUAGCGGCUCUUGGGGCCGUUGGCUUGACCAUAGGAGCCUACCUUGCUCAGAAAUGAAGAACCUUCCCCUUCUUCAGUCGCUUGUCCUCUCUCUCUCUCUCUCCCUGUCUGAACCCCUCCACUACUUUCCCCAGAAGACAUCCAUAUCCCAGGACUGCUCCUCUUCAAAGCCUCUCUCCCACUCUCUACAAGGCUUUCUUCUCUGCCCUCAAACACAAAGACAGAAAAGACAGGCACUUCCGACAGAUCAUGAGAGGAUGGAGGAGAAGAAGAAUAAUGAGGUGAAAGAGACACAUGUCAUCGGCAGAAUUAGCUCAGAUCUUAAAGUGAAACAUUUCUGACAGUUUUGGUGUUCUCAUACGUGAAAAUGAUGGAAGAAUACAAAGGACAAAGCCACAUCUGCAGGUUUUGAAGGUCUGUGCUGAUUGAAAGUAUCUUUCGGAUGACACCAGCGCUCUCCAAAUGUCCUUUAAGAGUCGGGUUGAUCUUAAGAGAAAGUCUGCACACUAUACUUCCAUCGUUGUUUCUGUAGGAUUAAUUGUAGCCUAUCUUCUACCCAAUGCUCUUUCUUGCUAACGUUUCUUGUGCUGCCAUCCUUGUAUCAUUGAAAUAGAAAGAACCUGAAGAACGUGAGGAGGAAAAGAAAGAAAUGCAGAGACAGUGUCCCUCAAGCCACUGGAUUUUUAUAAAAUCUCAACAGAGGGGGUGAGAUAAAGUAUGCAGAGGGAACAGUUGAAAAAUGAAUAGUUGGAUGCCAGUCUCUCUUUAUAGCAACUUUAAAGAGCUUUACUGAGGCCUGAAGAAGGGUUUCCUUUAAGUGCUUUGGACCAGAAUGUAAACCGAAAGGACAGAAUGGCAAAGAGUUUGAAAGAGCCUUGGUUAGACACUUUAUUGACAUGCUCAACAGAUUCGUGUGAGCCGGUCAAACUGUACAGUAUGAAAAGAGGUGACGCUUUAUUCUUCUUAAUACUGCAACUACACUUGUGUUCAAUCUAGUGUUCAUUCAUACACCAAAAGAAGCAGUUUGGUGGAUCUCAAAUCUGUCGAGAGCAAGUCGAGGUUAUAUUUCACCUCAAAAUCAAAGGAAAGAUAUAUUCAUAUAUUAUAUAUAUAUACACACUACUGUUGAAAUGUUUUAAGGUCAGUGAGUUCUUUUUAAAGAAAUGUAUACUUUUAUUCAGCAAGGAUGCAUUAAAUUGGUCAAAAUUGAUGUUACAGAAUCAAAUUUCUGUUUCAAAUAGAUGGUGCUCUUUAAACUUUAUAUAUCAAAGAGCAGCAAGUCAGUAUAUCAGACAGAUUUCUGAAGAUCAUGUGACACAGAAGACUGGAGGAAUGAUGCUGAAAAUACAGCUUUGCAUCACAAUAAGUUUAAGUGUGAAGAAUAUUAAAAUGAGUGCUGUCAAAUGAUUAAUCACAUCCAAAAUAUAAGUUUUUGUUUAUAUAAUAUGUGUACUUGUGUAUAUUUAUUAUGUCUAUACAAAUACACACACAUACAAUAUAUAUUUUGAAAAUGUAUUUACAUGUUUAUAUUUAUAUAAUUUAUAUUAUAUAUAAAUAUAUUUAAUAUAUUAACAACAUUUUUUCUUAAAUAUAUAUAUGCAUGUGUGUGUAUUUAUUUAUACAUAAUAAAUAUACACAGUACACUCACAUAUAUUAAGUAAACAAAAACGUUUAUUUUGGAUGCUAUUAAUCGCGAUUAAUUAUUUGACAGCACUAAUUAAAAUAGAAACAAAUGUUUUAAAUGCUAAUAAUAUUUCAUAACGUCACUGUACACAUGCAUCCAUGGUGAACAAAGGUGACUUCAUUGCCAAUAGAUAUAAAACACAUUUCUCCCCACCAUUCAUAUUACUGUAAUAUAAUUAUUUAAAUAAAGUACAAAUUGCACACACACAGAAAAAAAAAAUUAGUUCCAUGUACUUAAAUUUUUAAGGUAAGUAGUUGCAAUCAAUUUAUUUUAGCUACAUUUAAAUAAAUGUAGUUGAAUAACUUUCAACAUAUUAUAAUUUUUUAUUAUUAAACAUAGCUAAAAUAAAUUGUUUGCAACAACUUAUCUUAAAAAAAAUAAGUAUAAUUUUCAGUGUAUUGGGGUGAGAUGUGACUGGGACAUUCUUUCACAAAAGUCCAGAUUUUUCAUUAUUAUUAUUAUUAUUAUUAUUUAAUCUCCAAAGCAUCAUUUUCAGGGAUCUGUUUGGUCUAUAAACAAGUGGAAAUCUGCAAUGGAAAUCCAUUCUGUGUUUCUUGGAUUUGGUGUUUACAGUUAUAUGAGAAAUCUUCCUGAUGUCUGUUCCCAAAACAUCCUGCCACAAGUUUCAAGGAUUGCCACAGAGCAAAUGAAAGAUUUAAGUGCAAAACCUAUGGACAAGAGCAACUGUAUUCAGUGUGUGCCAUAGAUUCAGCUUUGGUGCUUUUGCAUCGGUCGCAUUUGGGUUCACACGGAGCCAUGAUGAAACUGUGUACAGCGUUCCCAGAAGGCAGCGGUUAUUAAAUAUUUGCUCGCUCUGAUGUAGGAUCGGAGGUCAUAUGCUGCAUCGUUCCCUAUGAUCUCCUCUACAGACAGUGGCGCUGUAUGGGGUGCUAAGAAACAUUUGAGAAAUGGGUGCCCUCUUCCAUCCUGAAGCAGUCAGUGUUACUUGUUAUCUGACUUUAUGGAUGUAUGUUCAUUUUAUAAUGUGAUAAUGUCUAAAAUACACAUACAGUAUUUUAACAGGUGGUUGAUGGAUGGAAUGACAAAUCGACCAUAAUGAGAAAAUACCUGUCUGUGGUCAACAACAACAAAAGCUGAAAGGAUUUAAGCUUUAUGUAAAACAAAUUAGCUUUGUUUGGUUACUAUAGUGUCAUAAAUUGAUAUUGUUUGUCUCUCGUUUACGGCUGCGAUUCUCUCUGACACUAACAUUUGUUAAACAGAUUUCAUAUUUCACCUUUAUUUAUUUGUAGGUACCUUAAACAAUCGUCCAACUGUAGCUCCGGAAGAUCAUUUAGAGUUUAUUUCGUUUUAAUGUUUUAGAUUCUAUGAACAAUUUGGAGGAUCAGUGAAUAUGAUCAUAAUUUGCUGAAUCAGUGCUGCUUAAUGUAAAAAUGAGAAAUUCUAUAAAUCAUAAUGUAAUUGGCUGUUCUGUGUGGCGAUGUCAUGAAUAUUAAUACUUAAUUUCAUGUAGUCAUUUCCACUGUUUCUGUAGCUGAAUGGAAAUCCAAAUUAACGCUUUAUUUUUUGUCUGACAGCCUAAAUGGAGCCCAGUGAAAUUCAUUUUCCUAUUGUAUUUUUUACCAAUGAUAAGUCCAUUUUAACAAAAUAAUGACAUUAGGAUUAUUAAUAAUAAUUAAGGAAAUAUCCGAAACUUGAGCUUGUGUGUAUUUGGAUUUUAAAACAGUUCACUAUGAAACAUUUUCUUAAUUAGUAUUUGUUCCUCCAUUUUCUAAAUAAAAAAUAAAAAAAUUCUCCAUCUUCUAAUUCAAAAAUAAUUACAACAAGCUAAAUUUAAUGGAGACGAAAAACUAUGUAAGCUAUCGUUAAGAUAUUCUUACAACUAUAGCAUUUUUGUAACCAAAUUUAACAAAGGAUGUGUUUAAAACAAGAAACUUAAUUUAAGAUAAAUUACUAGCUCACCCAAUUUUAUUUUCAUGUAAAUUUAUCCAAUUUAAAGGCUUUUUACAGAUAAAAAAAAAAAAAAAACAUUUUGCAUUGUCACUACAAGAAGUAUGCAAACCAGUUUCUUAUUAAAUGUCUCAUUUUCGUUCAUGGUUACAUCAUGUGCAUUAAUUCAAUCUGUCAAUAAACAGUACAUUCAGCUGUUUGUCUUCACUAAAGGUGGUUUGUCUAAAAUUUCUUUGAGAAAAUGCUGUAUAUCUUUCGAACAUGUUUUUUAGUUUGAUGUUGGAAAGCUAUGUAAUUUAUAUAAAUUUAUAUCUAUAUCUAUAUAUAACAUGGUGUAUAAAUGGACUUUUCUUUGCACUAAUAUAUUUGAGUGCAUUGAAGCAGAAGAAAAGAAACAUUGUCUAUAUUCUGUCUUGAACUUUAGGUGACAUCUCUUUCAUGAGCACACAUUAACAAAUUCAAAAAUAAAGGGCGAAAACGGUCAGAUUACAUGUACAGAUUACAAAAUACAUGUGUGUUUCUGAAUGUGUUUCCACUGAAGAAAAGCUGCUAUGCUCUAUGACAGCGAUGCACAGGACACAGAGUCGCUGUGCUGUUGUGUUUGAUCGUGUGGCACUGCUUGAAUAAGCUACUAGAGUCUACAAUCCCUCUGUUCCUGCCAAACAAAUUAAGAUUCAAUAAAACGAAUUGAAGUCGC